UGGAAUAUUUGUUUUCUUAGGCGUGAAGGAAAAUCUGCACGUUUUCCUUUUACAUAAAACAAGCCAAAACCAUAUCCCAAUUUCUCACGCUUUUUCCUUGAAAUUUCGAGCUCAUUCGCAAUAAACGGUUCAUUUCCUAGAUAAGUUUUUAUUUGCAAAUUGUUUCAAUUUCUUCAAGUUGUGGAACGGUGUUUGUUUAGCUGAAUUGAGUGUUAUUUUUUCUCUCUGAAUUGGGAUUUGUUUAUUCUUGAAAAAUAGUUGCAAAUCCUGAUUCGGAGAGAUAAAAAUGUUGCUUUUCUUGUAUUUUUAAUUUUCACAUUUGAGCUCAGAGGAGACACUUGGAAGUUUGAAAUUGUUUUCUAGGAAUUAGGAGCCUACUAGGGAUUUAAUUGCAUAUUUUUUGUGGGUUUUGCAGUUUAAAAGCUUUACAUUAGUGUCUUUUGUUUUCUGAUUUGUUAUUUCUAUUGUUGGAUGAGGAUCUGUAUGAGAGUAAAUAUUGAGGCAAAACUAGUGGUUUGAAGUUGUAUUCGUGUUACUUGGUUCCUUUAUGGAAGUUCAUGUAACAUAGGUUGUUGGAUUGAUGGUAUUCGUUAGCUUGUAGGAGAGCUUGGAUUCAAUUUGCCAGUGCUCUUUAGUUUUUGAGGGUUUAUUUUGAUUGGAUAGUGAGUGUUUAGGCUUGAGUAGGUUGACUUAUUUUGGGUCAGUUUUUUUUUUGGGGGGGUUUCUUCGGGUUGUUUGAUUAACCAUGAAGAAGCAAAGUGGAAAGAAGAAGAAACAAACAGUUGAUGGCAAUGCAAAGCUAAGUAAUAGUCCUAAAGCUUAUGACAAGGACAUGUCAGUUUUCAUUGCCAUGUCUCAAGAAUUGAAGGACGAAGGUAACAAACUGUUUCAAAAGAAGGACCAUGAAGGAGCUAUGCUGAAAUACAAUAAAGCCCUCAAAUUACUUCCAAAGAAUCAUGUAGAUGUAUCCUGCCUUCGGAGUAACAUAGCAGCAUGUUAUAUGCAGAUGGGUCUGAGUGAGUAUCCCAAGGCAAUUCAUGAAUGUGAUUUGGCUCUAGAAGUCACACCCACAUAUAGUAAAGCGCUUCUAAAAAGAGCUCGGUGUUAUGAGUCUUUGAAUAGAUUGGAUUUGGCAUUCAGAGAUGUUACUACAGUUUUGAAUCUGGAGAAGGAUAAUGCUAUGGCAUUAGAGAUUGCAGAAAGGGUGAAGAAAGAACUUGAGAGUAGGGGAUUAAGGGUGAAUGAUACUGUGAUUGAAUUAUCUCCAGAUUAUGUUGAACCUCCUAUUGGCUCUUUUGCGUCGAAAAUGGUGAAAGAGAAAAUGAAAAAAAAGGGCAACAAACUUGAGCAGAAGAAGAUGGCGGAGAAAAUUGAAGAGAAGAAGGUUGAUGAAAACAUUGAGUAUAAGAAGAUUGAUGAAAAUAUUGUGGAUAAGAAGACUGAGGAUAAGGUGGUUGUGGAAGAGAAAAUUAGUAGUACAAAUAAGGAAGAGCCGAAGAAGAUUGUAAAGUUGUUGUAUGGGGAGGAUAUAAGAAUGGCUCAGGUGCCACUUAAUUGCAGUCUUAUGCAACUUAGAGAGGUUAUAAGUGAUCGAUUCCCAAUCUCCAAAGCUGUUCUUAUUAAGUACAGGGAUGAAGAAGGUGAUUUAAUCACAAUUACAACUGAUGAAGAACUGAGAUGGGCUGAAUCGUUAGCAGAAUCGCAGGGUUCUGUCAGGCUUCAUAUAGUAGAUGUUAAUCCUGUACAGGAUCCACUCUAUGAGAGAUUUGAGAAUGGGAACACCGGAAAAGGCAUGGCAGCAGAAAAGGAGUCUUAUUGUAUAAAUGACUGGAUAAUCGAGUUUGUUCAGCUUUUCAAGAACCAUGUUGGUUUAGAUUCUGAUUCAUACUUGAAUCUUCAUGAACUUGGCAUGAAGGUAUACUCUGAGGCUAUGGAGGAUACUGUUACAAGUGAAGAAGCCCAAGCCCUAUUCAGCUGUGCAGCAGAUAAUUUCCAAGAGAUGGCAGCAUUAGCACUGUUCAACUGGGGAAAUGUUCACAUGUCCAGGGCAAGGAAGAGUGUUUACCUUGCUGAAGAUGCUUCAAAAGAAUCUGUACUUGAACAGAUAAAAACUGCAUAUGAUUUGACACAACAAGAAUAUAUCAAAGCAGGCAAGAGAUAUGAUGAAGCAUUAAGAAUCAAACCAAAUUUCUAUGAAGGUCUUUUAGCACUAGGUCAGCAACAAUUUGAGCAGGCAAAACUUUCUUGGUAUUUUGCAAUGAGUAGCAAUGCUGAUUUAUAUACAUGGCCUUCUACAGAGGUUAUACAGCUUUAUAAUAGUGCUGAGGAGAAUAUGGAUAAGGGCAUGCAGAUGUGGGAAGAAAUGGAAGGACAACGCUUGAGCGGACUUUCCAAACAAAAGGAUGUUGAUAACCUGUUGCUGAAAGUUGGGUUGGAUGGUUUAUUUAAAGAUGUAUCAGCAGAUGAAGCUGAAGAGCAGGCUACAAGCAUAAGGUCCCAGAUAAACCUCUUAUGGGGUACCAUACUCUAUGAACGAUCCAUUAUGGAAUACAAACUUGGGCUCCCAACCUGGCACGAGUGUUUGGAAGUUGCAGUUGAGAAGUUUCAGCUUGCUGGAGCAUCUCCAACAGAUGUAGCUGUUAUGGUAAAAAACCAUUGUUCUAAUGAUCAUGCUGUGAAAGGUCUAGGGUUUAAAAUUGAUGAGAUAGUUCAGGCAUGGAAUGAGAUGUAUGAAGCUAAAAAGUGGCAGAGUAGGGUUCCAUCAUUCCGGCUUGAACCAUUGCUCAGACGGCGAGUUUCAAAGCUUUAUCAUGCUUUAGAGGAUGCAUGAACCUCUUUUUUUUUAAGCAGAUCUUGAAGGGUAGGUUUUCUUUGUACUUUAACUUUAGGUUCAGACUUUCAGCUUCAGCAAUGUACUGUUAGAAACGAAAGAGGACAGUUUUUUUAUGUGGGUUUGCAUUUUGAAAUUUGUUCCUAGACAAAGAUUAAACGUUUUCUUUUUUCACACAUAGUAGGAGACAAGAUGUAGUAGCAGGAAUUUACCCUUUUUUAUUAGUUUCUGCCUUUACCACUAGUUGAAUUUGUAAACCCUAAAAUUAGCAGAAUAUUUGAAUUUGUAAUUCAUUUGCAGGGAUCACAAUAAUUUAUUGUCUGUGUGCCUUGAUAA